ACUCCAUCUUUAAAACUCAAAUGUACAAAGACCUUGACAUCAAUGAAUUAGAGAAGCUAAAGAAGGAGGAGGCCAUGUUGUCUCUGAGAAAAGCCACAACCAAUAUAAAGGUGACUUAUUGUUAUUCACCAAUAGGAAAGGUUUGGAUAAUCUAAUUAUGAUAUUCUGGACGAGGAGUUUAAAUCGAAAACUAUUGGGUUAGUUACUAGGGAAGAAUUUAAAAGAAAGAGAGAAAAUAUUGAUAGGAUCUAUGUUUAAGAUCUUAAAAUUAAAUAAGAAGAGGAGGAGAAAAAGAAGUUGGAGUUAAAGCAAAAGAGGAAAUAAGAAUAUAAAUUGAAAACUACACUUUUAAGCUUUGAUUAAGAAUAGCAAGAGAUGAAUGAGAAGAGAAACUAUGGAAAGGAUAUUAGUGUAGAUACCUUAUAUCUACCAGACAUGAAUAGAGAAAAGAAAAUUGAAGAGCUCACUAAAAUAUUCACUGGUAUGUCUACUUUGAUCUUAUUAGGCACUAGAUGAAUAUUAGAAAAAUAUGGAGUUUUAAAAGGAUUAACUUAUUGACAUUAUAUUUUAGUAUUGGGAUGCUUAAACUUGUACUCGAACUUUAAGAAUCAGAAAAAAUACAUCAAUUAAAGAAUUUUUGGAAUUGGCAAGAAAAGAGAUUAUAAGAGAUUUCGGAUUUGUAUGAAUCAAACACUUAGUUUAUUUAGUUGACUGAGUUUAGUCCUGAUGAUUUACUUUUUGUAGCCAAUG